GAACAAGUUACUAAAUACUUUCAAAAAUGGCUACCAAAAGCAAAGGCAACGAAUUCCUAUCUCAAGUGUGGGAAAAAUAUAAACGUUACGUAUCAGAUUUUCCAGAGACAGUUAGUCAGAUAGAGGCAACAUCCAGGCUACUCUCAUAUAUCAUUGCUGGCCGGUUUGAAGAUUCACAGGUUUUCUCUGAACUGGUGUACCUGGCCUCAAACCUUUUGGUAUUAGUCAAUGAUACCAUCAUCAAGAAUGCAUCAACGUUUGCUCAAAAAAUUCCUUUGUCAGUGGAAAAACUAAGAAGAUUCCUGACAGUGUUGGAAUAUGGGGAAGUAUUUAUUGAGAUGGCAGCAUACAGAAAAUGGGGAGAGACUGGAAAAUGGGUUUUGAUUGUCAUCAUACAGCUGACCAAAGCAAUAUGGAGAUUAAUUUUAUUGUGGAAACAUCAUGGAGGAAUACAGCCCAUUCCACCCAUUGCACCAUUAGACAGAGACAAGUACACAAAGCAGUUCAAACACAAUCCUACUGAGGAAAUGCAAGAAUUCCAAGAAAAUCUAGAAGGUGAGACAGAGGGAGAAUCUGUGAAUGGACCAAAUGAGAUGACAUUCACUCUCAAACGAUCAGGCAAGACCAUAAGGAGACUCUCAGCAGCUCCUCCCAUCAACUUUCGCUCCUGGAGACUGCCUGGCCAUGGUGGGAAUGAGAAUGAGAAAGCGCAACUUACCUUCUAUAACCCCACCAAACUGUCCAAGCAGAGGCUAUGGGGAGAGACCCUGUAUAUUGCCAGACCACUCAUUCAUUUAUUCGGCAUGUAUGUCUGUGGGACAAUGUCAUGGAAACCGUGGAUUAUGUCUGGAACCAUCGAUAUUGCAAGUCUGUGUAUGAUGGGAGACACAAAGGACAUGAACCCAGAAGAGAAAAGGGAAAUCAAGAGGAGAUCACUCUUGCUUUUGUAUUAUUUGCUGCGAUCACCAUUCUUUGACAGCUAUUCCAAGAUGAAGAUUUUAUCCACAUUAAGAGUACUAGCUGACAAUGUACCAGGCCUGGGUAUUCUAUUGAGACCAAUAAUUGAUUACCUACCUUCCUGGCAGAAAGUAUACUUCUACCUUUGGUCGGCUUGAGCUUGGAACAUGACUGAUUCUUGUUUUAAAAUCAAAACCACGCUGUGAUGAGAAAAUAUGGAAGUACCUAAUUUUCUCCCAAUGCAAUACUUGUGUAUUUGAGUAACAUUUACUGAUUUUGAUCAUACAAUGUUUUAAAAAAAAUUUAUAGUAAGGGUUUGCAGAUAUUUUGAUUAUAUCACCAUGGCCUCAAAGGAGUAACAUUGUUAAUAAGAUCGUUCUGUGUUGUAAAUUUAAGAUGUUUAAGAAUGCAGUAAAAUGUGUCAGAAAAUUUAUAAAUAAACUUGGUUAUAAAUAA